AUGUUACUCAGACCCUCAAGGCCGUCGAGAAUGAGCUUAAGAUCCCGAACAGGUGCAGAAACGAUACUAUACACGACGCGCGGCUCUACCGACCUGCCACUCCGUGGGGUUGCCUUCGCAACACAUGGUGUUGAGAAUUUCAUGGAGUCCAUCAUGAACGUUGAUAAUCAAGAUCUUGUUGGUAAGAUGGAAGGUUUCGCGAUGAGUGGGAUAUGCGGUGCUGCUCAAAAUCAUCAAAAACGUUGUUCUAACAUUCGCGGCUCGAUCAGAAACAUAAUCAACGAGAAACUCCAGAACAUUACCGGUGACCCAGAUGCAAAGAUGCAAUGGGCUCACUACUGGCGCAACAUUGUUCAGCGCUAUCUUGUCGUUUGCACAGGGUGGCCUGACGAAAUCCCCUUUGAAAACUUUAGCAAAGUGUCAAGCUCACUCGCCGACCUGGAGAUGCUCGAACGGAAAUGGAAGUCCGGAGAGAUCCACUGGAGACAGUUGGAGAACGAGGAGUUCGAGCAACUUCAUUGCGAGCGAAAUGAAAAACUCGACAGCGGUGCAAUUGUUGAACGUCGUUGUCGGACCCGCUCAGACAAGGGCAAGAAACGCACUCGCGCUCGUUCUCCUGAUGAGAACAACGAGAACGCCGACAACGACGACAGCGCAAGUCGCACAUCACCUGUGCCACCUCCCUCUGCUUCUGCGGGCAGUUCUACUCAGACCGAACCUUUGGCGUCUACUCCCGCCAGUGGGAAUGGACUCUCUCCCAACCCAGUGGACGACAGCAUAAGCUGCACAUCACCUGCGCCACUCGUUGAUCCUUUGGCAUCUGCUCCCGCCGGUGGGAAUGAUCCUACUCUCUUCAAUCCCACUCUCUUCAAUCCCACUGCCUUCGAUCCCACUGCCUUCGAUACUGCCAAUGGACUCUGCGAUGACUUGGAUUUUUCAUUUGAUUUUGAUGGUACUCUCACCCACUUAAAUCAACUGUUCAGUGGCCCAUCCACUGUUGGCCUUUGA